AUGGUGACCCUCGCACCCCCAUCUUUGAGGGGUGUUCCACCUCCCCCCUCUUGCCCUCUGUUGCUUCUGCUGCUGCUGCCGACCUCGUUGGUUUCUACGGGGUCGGCGCUGCGUCUGCCCCUAGCGGGAGACGCCGCACCGGCAAGGGCAAGGGGGGGCAAGGGCACAGGAGGGGCUGGCGGGGGCGGUGGAGGUGGUCGUGGAGGCAGUGGAGGGGGUGGGGGUGGUGGUGGGAGAGGUGGCGGGGGUGGUGGCGGCGGUGGCAGUAGUGGAGGCGGAGGAGGCGGCGGUGGUGGCGGAGGGAGCGGAGGCGGCGGAGGUGGCGGAGGCGGUAGAGGUUGCGGAGGCGGCGGAGGCGGUGGCGGCGGUGGAGCUAGUCGAGGCUCUGCGCAGAGGAGUGCGUCCGGUGGUGGUCCGCGCCAGCAGCAGCAGCGCAGUCGUGAGACCCUAUCCCCUCAACAGCUUCGUGAGUGGUACGCUGCGCGUCAGCGCGGUGGGGGUACUGGUCCCUGCACUUACGUCCUCCGUACCGGCGACCGCGCUGGUGAGCAGUGCGGGGGCCCGCACUCCACUCAGCGCUGCUUCGGCCGCCUGACGGACGCUUGGCUUCACCAGUUCCCUGAGGCCUCGGAGAUCCCUCGCUGGGGAGAUCUGUCUAGGGCGGGGGUUGCCAUCUUUGAUCUUGACUAUGAUGCUAUUCUUGCUGCCAUGUAUGUUGUGUCUACUAGUGAGGAGGGUGACUGUUACCUGUGUGUUCCGCCUGACCCGGGCAUUGAGGCUGCUGCUCUAGAUGCUGGUGAGGCUGCUGCUCUAGGUGCUAGUGCGUCUGCUGCCCCAGGUUCUGGGGAGUCUGCUCUCUCAGGUACUACGUCGGCUCAGGCCUUACACACCUUCACCCUUGACUCAGGUGCUUCCCGCUCCUUCUUUCGAGACCGCACCACGCUUACGCCGCUUAGUCGGCCAGAUGCAGUCUCCCUUGCCGACCCCUCUAGGGGUCCUGUCCUUGCUAGCUUCUCCACUGUCUUACCGUGCCCGGCAGCCCCCUCUGGCACCCUGUCAGGUCUCUACCUCCCCUCGUUCUCUACGAACUUGGUGAGUGGAGCUGAUCUGCAGGAUAGGGGGGUUGACCAGUUCACUCCUGCGAGUCAGCGGGUGACCCACUGCACGUGUGCUCAGACAGGCCGACACUUGGCCACGUUUACCCGUCGGCCGGGGUCGAGCAAGUACACACUGACUACUGAGCCUCCUCCGGAUACUGAGUCUGGUCAGGUAGCUGCGUCGAGUCAGGUGUUUGCUCCAGCGUCCAGGUCUGGUCCUGAGUUUGCUCCUUGCUCGUGUCGUCUCCUGUCCCACGAGACUCUCCUCUGGCACCACCGCCUUGGUCACCCCUCCCUGCCUCGUCUCCGAGGCAUGGCCUCCCGAGUCCUUGUCUCUGGUCUCCACCGGUCUCUCCCUCCCCUACCUCCGAGGCCUGCCCCUACCUGCGUCCCCUUUGGCCCCGCCCGCGUCCGUGGCCAGGGGCACGAGCGUUACUUCCUGUUGGUGGUUGACGACUACUCGCGUUACACCACAGUCUUCCCCUUACGCAGCAUGGGUGACGUCACUGAGGUGUUGAUCGACUGGAUCCGCGCAGCUCGUCUCCAGCUCAGAGAGAGUUUUGGCUCGGACUUUCCUGUUCUGCGUCUGCACUCUGAUAGAGGCGGGGAGUUUUCCUCUGCCCAACUGGGAGCCUUCUGUUGUGCACAGGGCAUCCGCCAGACCUUCACGCUUCCGGCCUCUCCAUAG